GCAAGGACUACUGGGAGUGUAGAUGAAUUUCAUUUUUCACCAGAUCAGUGCUUAGUUUUACACGGUGUUAGGUGAACGUAAAAAAGUGCCGUUGUUUACAUGGUGUAAAUUGUGCGUUUCCACCAUAUUGUUUGGGGUUUCGCGUACGGUUUUAUCGGUAAAAGGACUCGGGAACGAUGUGUUUUUAAUGAUGAAUAAGUUUACGUUUUAUAGACAGGUGUUGGGUUAACAACCAUCCGUCAAUUACCAAAACACAAGAGCCCCAUUUUUUUUGAGUGUAAGAACAGAUUGUGAUGGUAGUUUUUAUAAGACCCUAUAAUUUAAGGAAGAAAUAUACGACAUGCAGAACGAUUGGAGCAUAAGAGAGGACUCUUUGGGGAGGCUGCUGACAUGCUUUUAUGAUGGCUUUAAAGCCUGAUCUAAGCUCAACAGCUGGCGUCCAGAAUGUGGUAGUUUAUGUUUCGAACGAUAACUUCGCCCAGUCAUAUGCCAUCGAGCAACACAAUGUGUCCCAACAAUCCAAUGUGUACCCCAACUCGAAUCAUUCCAUGGCCUCCAUGGCGCAAACAAAGAACUUUACUGAUAAAGACCAGAAUAUCUUUACGAGUAGCAGUCAAGUGAUAAAUACUAGUGAUUAUUUUGAUAAUGUGAUAGCUCAAAAUGGUUUCUCAAUUAAUAAUAUUGGCCCAUAUCAAUCGGGGGCCAAUAUUAAAACUAGUGAAGUUUUAACUUGUGACAGGCAACAGGCCGGUCCUGUUCAGCCCGAGAACAAUAGGCGCGAUGAGUGCGAUAAUUUGGAACAAUACACGGAUCCUUAUGUGACUAUUUUGGGUACCGAAGUACCCAGCCAGAGUGUGCGAUGUGAUUCAGUGCGGUCAGAAACUGCAGAGUCGAGUUGCAGUAGUCUUAGUUCCGGGGAUGAAGGGAUGGUCGUAGUACAGAACCAUCCGCCAGAGAUGGUUGUGUAUGAUCCGAGUGUUAGUGUGCGGCCCGGGGGAGUUGUACUUGUGGGUCCCCCACCCCAACCAGUGCCGCACCAGCAGGCUCAAGCUGCUCCAGUGGUUGGGAUGGGUCAGCCACAAUAUACAGUGGUACCCUAUGGCUGGAAAAGACUGCUAAAUAAUGGAUCUGUUAUAUAUAUAAGUCCCAGUAACACAGCUUUAAGUUCGUUGGAACAAGUCAAGAAGUACUUGCUUACAUCAGGGACGUGCAAGUGCGGUCUUGAGUGUCACUUUAAGUAUGACACUGUUUUUAAUUUUGACAACAAGGUGAUAGCGAAACCAUGGGUAUUGUCGCCGGACACAAACACGGGGGACCUGACCAAAUUGUGCAACCAUAAGCGGAAAAUUAUGGCUAUGGCUUCUUCGUUAGCGUGUAAACCACCCGACCUCGAGGACAAAAUGAGGAAAGACUACGGGCUAAAGAAGAAACGAAAAAUUGGCCUAACACCAUCGGGUGGAAUCUCAGUAUCGCAAAUCCUUGCCCAACGAGAGAAGCUGGUCAUGGAACAGCAGGCGUAUAACAAAGAUAUUGUGUCAAAUCAACCACCACCACCACAGUUAUGGUCCAGUAAUAACCCAGUAGGGCACACUCACAUGCAAGGGUUCAUUGAGAACCAGCAAAAUCUAGUCCGUUGCCACGACCAGCCAGGAAACAGCAUUACUCAUGGAUCUCCAAUUAUCGGAAGUGAUUCCAACAUCGGAGGUCUUCAACAUGGUGCGCAACCUUCAAAUAUUCAGAACCAACAACAAAUUUUGGCACCAAAUGGUCAAUUGAUUAACGUUCAAGAAAUUCCUCAUAGUAAUCAAAAUAUGAUGCAUCAAGAGCAAAAUCAAAUGCUACACGGUCCAACUGUUAUGCAAUCGCAAACUCAACACAAUCGGAUUUAUUUAAAUACGCAACCUUCGGAGCCGAGCGGCCCAGGGCGACCCGGCAUGCACCAAUUAGGCCCUAGUAAUUCAAUGAAUUCCUUACCUCAACAAAUCCAAGGUUCUGAAAUGCCCAAACGGAUGCAUCAUCACCAACAGCAACAAAUGUUUAAUAGUCAACAAAUGCAACAUUUUGAAAAUGUUGAUGCCGGUAAAUCAAUCCGGCCUUUUGGUUUUAACAAUGUCAGACCGCAAAUGAUGCCUACACAUGGCGCGAAUAAUUUAUUACAGAUGCAGCAACAACAGAUGCAGCAACAAAAAUUACAAUGGCAGCAUAAAAUGCAAACUAUUAAUCAGCAGCAGCAGCAAAUAAAUCAAAUGCACAUGCAGCAACAGCAAAAUAUGCAAGAAAAUCAAAAUGUAUAUGAGAGGGUUCCACCUUUACACCAACAUCCAAAUCCCGUUUGGCAAGAAGAAAUGCGACGAAAAAAGGUUAAACUUAGUAAAAUCUUUAAAAAUAGGCAAUACCAUAUGGUUGAAAAUCCCCAGAUUCGCGGUGGCACUGGGCCUUGUCCAAAUAUCGAUGUUCGACAGAUACCUAAUGAAAACAGUAGACCUGUUGUCGUAAACCAAAUGCUUCAGCAUAGCCAUAAUAAUACUGCUAGCCCAUCUUUCAUGGAAGACCCAAGUGGUUAUUUAGCACAGCAAACUGCUCUUCUUAAUAAUACCAUUAACAGACAAACAUGUGCCACCAACAAUAUGGGUUAUAGAUCUAACAACAACCCCAAUAUCUCAACUCAAGAUCCUACACACAAUAUGAUAGCAGUACCUAAUUCACAGAUGGGAGAAGUUCCUUUGCCUAGUAACGUUAAUUUGAAACCGCAACUAACAAGAAUUAAUCAGCAAAAUGUACCUCAAAUGAGGCAGCCACAAAUGCAUCAUCACCAUUUGCAAAAAGUUCAUUUUAAUCAAACAGAUCAGCAUCAACAGCAAAACGUCGUAGAUAGCAGUGUUCUUAACGAUCAACAUUUCAUGCAGCAAUGUCAAGGUUGCGUUUCAGAUGCUCCAUCGUUCAUUCAGAACAACCGGAAAGUAAAGCAACUGUCCAGAUCUGACAGUGCACCAAGUACUCCAAGUUCUUGUAGCACCUCUGAAGAUCCUGUGACAUCAUCGAUGUUUCCCGAGAAACAUGUCAGUCAACCAUCACCAGACACCAGGCCAAUACAGGGCGGUACAGUUAGCACAAGUAAUGUAUCUCCUAUGGACAGUAUACAUUCAGAUCCACCAACACCUAACCCGCAUACCACUGCCCCUACUCCUCCGCAAAAAACUGUAGAGCCGAUGCAAAAUAUGAAUUUGUUUAGUAUACAAAACCACGAUGGCCAGUUAGUUCAAAUCGUGUCUCAGUCUAGGGAAAAUUAUGUACAACAUCAGGAGCACGAACAGAAUUUCCAACAGAAAACUCAGUCCAAGUUGGAGAAUUCUUAUGUAUAUUCUCAUUCUAGUCAAAAUAUUUCGAAAUUUAACGAACAACGGGGCCCUCUACCAAAUGUAGUGACGACCAUGGCUAGUAGCCGAACGUCUGGUUCUAAUACCAUUACCUCAGUUUUAGCGGGUCGGACUAAUACGGCUACUGUAUCUCUCAGUAGUUCUGGCAAACAACCGGGAUCUGAAACGCCCCCUGUUAAUUCAAUGAACUUACAGCCUAUGCAACCAAUAAACAUAAACGUCUCAAAGAGUCCCUUGGAGAUGGUACAAAGUGUUGUAAGUAGCAUUCAAGUACCACAAUCGCAACAACAACCGCAGCAGCAGCAACAACGCAUUACUGUUUCAAUAGCACAUAGCAGUCCUCAGAUGUCGCCUCAGCUAGUCAAACAUUCUCCAACGGGACUACCACCUGGGCAUAUCUUAGUAUCUUCCAACGGUCAGCUGAUAAUGGCCAGUCCUGGUGGUGGACAGACAAAUGUUAUGGCCCCUCCACCUCCUCCAAAAGUCGCCAGUAGUCAGCAUGCGAUGCCUCCCAUAUCUGUAUCUCCCAUGGUUACUAAUGUCACUGCAGCUGUGUCACAAGUAAUUCCUCAACAAGUACUUGGGCAACAAACUGUGCUAGUGAACACUUUACCUACGCCAUUUGUCAUACAGCCUGGCGUUACUAUGACACUUGAUGGGAUGGCGGUAGGACAGAAUAUGCAGAUUCCACAAAUUGUAACGGGAAAUGUGAUACAACAACAAAUACAGUUGGAUAACAAUGACAGCAGGAGGGCGCCGAAUAUUUUAUCUCCUGAAACAAAGAAAAAAGGAAAGAAACGGAAACUGCCAUCUCAAACAGUUGCCGGAAUGUUGCAUAUUGCUGCUCAGCAAAAUUCCGGAAUGGUGGUAAACCAGCAAGGAUUCCCACAACAGAUUCAAGUGGCGCACAGUCCUCAAGGUAUUACAACAACUCCGAUGAUGCAAGCUCUUACUAUCGUGCCCAGUAAAACGGGAGGCCCCCCUCAAAUUGUGAUGAAUGGGCAAGCCGUAGCUAAUACAAAUAUAGGUACACAACAAAUCAUAACUAAUUCGCAACCUACCCAGCAAAUAAAUCUACUACAACCAGUUAGUUUAUUGAAUGGUACUACCGGAGUUGUUCAAAAUAUUCCUAUUCAGCAGUUCAUUGUGCCUAAUAUAGGAAGCAGUAUGGUAAUGAACGCUGAUGGCACUGCUACUAUAUUGCAAGAUACAUCAAAUUUGGGAAUGCACUUGCAAAUCCAAAAUGUGAAUGGACAGAAUGUUUUGACACCUAUACAGAACAACCAGGUGUUUUCAAGUGGACAAAACAUCCUUGCUGCAGGUCCAGCAGGGAUGGUUAUACGAGCGCCUACUUCUCAAGGAAAGAUUAUUCAACAGCAGCACAGUCCAGGUGCCCAGUUUCUGUCCCCCAAUGGUGGUCAAUUCGUUGUCAACGGUGCUCAAUUCAGUGGUCAACUGAGCCCUUUAGUAGCCAGCGUGAGUCCUUCACAGCAAGUUACUUUUAAUACAUCACCUCAGCAGAUUAGGCAGAAUAACCAACUUCAGUCGAAUCAGCAAGAAUAUAUACAAGUCAAUGGGCAGAUGGGUCAAACUCUAGUGGUGCCCUGUAGCCCACAAACAUCAAACAUCGCUUCCUCUUCAUCAAAUCAGCAAAACACGACUUUCGUUCAGCAAAACACUACAAUAGUUCAACAGCAAACCACUAUGGUAGCUAAUAAUCAACAGCUGCAGAGCUUUCAGCAAAAUAACCAGCAAGGGCAACAGAACUUGGCCCGUUCAUCCGCGAUGAAUGUCGGACAGCAAAACUUUAUGAUAAACACCAACGACAAUAAGAAUCAAGUUCGUACGCUACUGGUUCAGCAACAAAGAAGCACUUCACACGAAGAUAUAAAUUAUCGCCAAUCGGUUUCUACACAGACCGCAGUUAAUCAAAAUUCCCAAUCGGUAACUACCAACUCUUUUUGUCAAACAUCUACUCUAUCUGCUAGUAGCCCGCCUGAUACGACAACUUUAAGUCCAGUCGCAUCCGGAGGUCAAAGUCCACCAACCGCCGAUACUACCACUCAUACGGGUGGUAGCACUGAUGAAGGUUUGUCACCCGCGCCAUCGAGCUGUUCCACUUUUAGCGAAUUAAAUAUACCAGGCAGACCAGGAUCGAGAACAAUGGCCAUGGUUCACUGUGUAUCGAGUAGCGAACCGGAUCUUUUGGACCCACCCAACACUCAAUCGGACCAAGAGUGGCGAAAAAUCAGCCAGGCAUCGAGUUCCACGAAAGAAGAAUUCGUUGCAAUGAAGCAAGAGUUUACAGACAUCACGAGUGCCCAUCAGAUGCGCUACAAUCGAAAGCAACAAAAUAUCGGUCAUAUGACAUAUGAAGAACCUGGAAUGCAAUAUAUGGAUCAGAAGAUGAAACAGGACCAUAAUAUGGCUGCGAAGCAUUAUGGUAGAAUGAUGCAGAAAAGAACGAAUGAUAUGAUGCUUGUUAUGGAUACGAGACAUAUGUUGUUUGACGGAGAGGAGGAUGACGAAACUAAAAGUGAACCAACGCUUGAAACCAAAACAAAUUUUAAAAUUGGAGAUUUGGUUUGGGGUCCGACAAAGGGGUCCUCAUCCUGGCCAGGAAAGGUGGUACAUAUUGAACGGGAUUUGGCUACCAUCAAGUGGUUCGGUGCAGAAAAAAAUCUGUCAAAAAUCAAAAUUGCUAUUUUACAGACUUUGUCCGAAGGAUUCGAUGCGCAUCAUCAGGCCAGGAAAAAUGCCAGAACUAGUAGAAAACUGAAUAGUCAACUAGAAAAAGCGAUUCAAGAAGCCAUGGCCGAGCUGGACAAGAAACAGUUACCUCCUCCGAAAACUGACGAGCAAGAGAAAGAUAAGGUGACUUCUUCGAUCACUAAUAAAAAAGUUUUACCUGCGGUUAAAAGGGGACAACGAUAAUAUUAAUAAGAAAAUUAUCAUUUAAAUAGGACCAACAUCGAAAUAUAAUUCUUUGUUAUAGCUAAACUAUAUAUCACCUAGAUGAACUUAACGCUUCUGAUAUAUUAAUAUAGAAUGAUAAAUAACCCACCGGUUUUUAUUUGUUUUUUUAGGAUAUCACUGAACUUAAGGACACAUCUUCAGUAAAUUUCUAUAUAAAGAUGUUAACAUUAUUCUUUGGAUCAAUUUCUGGGUGGCAUUUUAUCAUUCUUAUGUAGGCUGGUAUAUUGAUUCCUAGAAUAUAAACAGUAUCUAUAUUAUUCAUAUACAAAUUAUAUAAUGAAUAUUAACUUAUUUAAAAAGCGAUCUGUAAUAAUACAAAAAUAUGGAUAUAAAAGUCAGCAAAAAAGGGCCUUAGAUCGGUUUUAGUUUGUUUGUUUUUAAAUUAUUACUUAUUUUUAUUAAUUCUUAACGAGUCGAGAGCUAUAUAAUUAUGGCAAUUUUUUAUUAUCAGUUUUUGUGACAUCACUGGUGGUACAUAAAAAAUCUCUUUUAGUUAUUUCAAAGCGAUCAUUUUCCACACUUAUUGCUGGAGGUAAAUAGGUUCCAUUAAGCAAAAUGUAUGAUAGAAGUCUACGCCUUAAAUACUCCCUUCAAUUUAUACAUUAUUAUCCUAUUAUUAAUCAAUUACCUUUUUUCACAAUACCGUCAAACGGGGUGGAUCGGGACGACUAUUAGAUAUUUAUAUUAUUUUUUUUUAUACAACUGCCGAACAAAGUUAAAAUUUAGCAGAAAGUGACCGUAGUCCAUACAACAGCAGAAAAAAAAAAAAAUAUAGGGUGUCACCGAUUGACCCCGUUUUGGGGCGAAUCGGGACCAAAAAUUUAAAAAAAUUAUAUUUUUCAUAUAUUUUUAAGUAUAAAUCAAAAAAAAUACUACAGUAAAAUACAAAAACAGCCUUUAUUUUACAGUUUUCAGUUACAAACUUAUAAAAAACACAUAAAAAAAAUAUUUUCAGAAAUAAUAUAAUGAUAUUAGAUGGCAUAAGAUUUUAACUUCAAUUGUAAAGGAAAUUUGUAUCCUCCUUGUCGCAAUUCGGUUGGUUUAGGUAGUUUUUUAUAAAUUUGUUCCGGCGUAAUCAUGCAAAUAUCUUCCACUGUUGGAAAAAUAAAACAAUUUUUUAUUUUUCGGUUUGAUCUGAGAAAUUUAACUUCAAAACUUUUACCAAAGAGUACCUUAAUUUGCCCGAUAAAAUAUUUGUCUACUUUAUUUAUCUUAAACUUAACCUCGACAAAAUCGUCAGUGGCAAUGCUAUUUUCCAUUGGAUGCUGUACAUCAAAGCACUCGUCCAGUUCCAUUGCUUCAGAUUCUGCUUUAUCUGACUCAAGUUCGAAAAUGUCGUCCUCUUGAGAGUCUUGAGGCACUGUUGUCUUGCUUGUUGACGGUUGCGGUUGCCCUUCUAAAAAAUCUGUGGUAGAAAUGCUUUUGCCUGGCUCGAUUGUAACUUUCUUUUUCCUUGCUACAGUAGGCUUGCAUGCAUGCCUGCUUUCGUUAAGCACUUCUACCGUCACAGAUUCCGUCAUUAGGAUCAUCUUCUUCGAGGUUUCUUUCUGGUGGCAACCUUUUCAAAACUUGAUUUCUAUCGAUGGGAAUGAUUCCCGUGCCACGAAAACCGCUUUUAAUAUUUUGUGUCAGAGUUGCUUCUAGUUUGCUUAUAGCUUGCCUUAGUAAACUUAGAAAAUACUCCUUCGGCAAAGAACCCUUGUGAGUCAUUCUCAUUUAAAGUCGUCAAACCAAUAGUGAAAAUCGUUCAUUACAAAAUAUUUAAUAUUAUGCAAAAAAACAAACAAAUCAUUUUCUAAUCAUGUUUUAUAACACAAUUUGGCAAAAGCAGUGCAAAUUUUUUUUUAUUUUACCCAUUUUUGAGUGAUUCUGCUUACUGAACUUUGUCAGGUUCGUCACUAUUUCUUAAAAGUUAGAAAAUUAGCCUUAGACCCAGGUUAAGAAUUCUUUUUAAAACAUUAAUUAUUGCAAGAAGCCGAUGGGUAAUUUAUUUUUUUUUAGUUUCUAUUUUUCUAUAAAAAGCAAUACCAUAUUUUAUGUGUUUUUCUAAAUAGUGACGAACCUGACACUGAUGUAACAAACCUGACAAUGAUGCUAAAAAUUGAUAGAAAACAAACACAUUUAAAUAAUAAUUGUUUUUUUUUUAUUAAAUGGCUCCAAUUACAAAAACGUUUAACCAAAAAUGUAAAUUCUAAAUUUAACCAAACAUAACAAAAUAAACUCUAAAUUUUAAGUAACUCAUAACAAAUAAUAAAAUACUUAGGUUAAAUUAGUUGAUGCCUUCCCCAUUUUCAAGCCAAAACGGCGUUUUAAACUGUAAAAUUCGUUUAGUUGCAUUAGUAGGCGCUUCAAUAGAACCCACUAUAUCUUCAAAUUUAUACCAGAUCUUGUCUUCCUUGAUUGGCCAAAUGUAUUUAUUGACUCCUACAGAAUGCAGAACUUUAACUUCACAGGAUUCAUCGUUAUUUGUAUCAGUAACAACGCCCGGAUAUAUCACAUUGUUAUAUUUAACAAGCAGCCAUUGAUCAAUUUUUACAUUUUCAAAGGUCACAGGUAAAAAUUGUUGUUGUUGAAGCUGUUGUUGAGGAGUGGUAUCUUCUGGGUUAUCGUCUGAAUCUACAGUUUCACAGUCUUGAUAAUACAUCCGUUGCAAUGAAUGACAAUCACAUGUUGUAGGCAAUUUCUUGCAAAAACACGAUAAUUCGCGUCCAUAUAAAUCGGACUCAGAAUCUUUCAAAAUAAUUUGACCUACUUUCAUAAUGCCUUUAGUCAUUUUGUAACGAUUAUUUAUUUCUUUUUUGGAAUCAAAGUUAAUGACAUCUUCUAAAUCGAUCCAAUAAAGUUUCACAUUUACUUUUCCUUGAAGAAUCCUAAAUAACGCUUCUGCAUCUGGAAUGUCAUUCCCUUUACAGACAAGUCCAUCAGCUACUCUUUUGACUGCAGCCCCAACACCAUCCGGAGCACCCUUACCAUGCGAAGCCUCUGUAAAGUUCCAUGAAGCAUUUGAAAAUCCAUAAUCUCUAAAAUAUGUAUUCAAAUAAAAAAAUUGUCCUUGUUGCGGUAUUGUGAUGUUGGGCCAUCACUAAAGAAGUUAACAGUUUGCACACCAUUUUGUUUUAGUUCUUCUAAAACAGGACGUAAGUGGGCCCAAAUAGCAGGAGGGUCAUGCCGAGUACAGGAAGAAAUGGUACAUAUACUUUCAGGAGGUUUAUUGUCAUAGUAAACUACAACGGUAUGGAGACUGGCCUGGUUGUGUGAGGAACCGAAAUGCAUUGCCUGUAUUUCUGAACUCAUUUUGCAUGAGUAAUUUUCAGAAAAAUCUAUAUGUACAGCAGCCUCUUUAUAAGUUAGUUUAGAAAUACAUUUUUGCCUUUGACUGGCUUGAUGAUUUUUUUUAAAGACAUGCCAACAGAACAUUGUUUUUAGUUCUGCAUUAAAAUUUGUGCAUAGGUUCUUUAGCAUUCCAGAUUCACGGAUAAGCUUUGUUUUAUUAACAAAAAAUGUUUUGUCUGAUUUGCUCCUUUCCUCUUUUUCAAGUUUCCAAAAGUUCCAAUUAACUAAUUUAUUUGGAUCUUUAAUAUCCGCGAGGAUUAUAGCGGCCUGAUCUUGGCAUUUUGGGCAGAUAUUUUUCAUGCAAUCUUUUGAUUUUACGUCACACGUAACCAGCUUACAUACGUUUUCGAUGUUGCGUUCUGUGCAUAUUUUUUCUUUUACUAAAGUAUCCAGUUUAUGCUGUAUAUUGGAAUGUUUUUUGCACAAGCAAGAAUCUCUAUCGGAAAGUUUUGGUUUCACAACCCAACAAGGUCUAUGCCUGCAAAAUGUCGCAAAACUAAUUUUACUACAAGGAAACUCUUUGCAAAACUUUUCAUAAAGAUUUUUAAGGGUUUCCUUUAGCAAUCUUUUCUGAUAUUUGAUCUUGCCUCGUGUUACUGUUUGCUUUUUUCCCGGUGUUAACGUAGUUAUGUCAUCUCUAUUAAAAAAGUCUCGUAUUUUUUUAUGAAGUGGAUGUAAAGUAAGUCGACAUCUUCCUUUCCCUUUUGACAUUGUAGUUGAAGAAUGACAUUGGAGUACCUUUUUAGUUCUUGUUAAAAAUGUAUAUUUUUUGACAAUGGUUCCACUAGUGGCUCUAGAAAUAAUUUGCUUUUCUUUUUCGUUGUUUGUUUUUGAGUAAUUGUCUUUUAUUUGUGCAACUAGUGCAUUAUGAAAAACUAGAGUUUUUUUUACAGUUUCAGGAACAUUAUAUCCUUUGGUAUCUUGGAUGGCUUUACUGUAAGGACUAGCUGUUUCACUUUUCUGACUCCCUGCCACAACAUUCUUUUUCUGGUAUCGCUGGCAACGUUUCUUAUACUUCCGUAAAGGCUGCUUUGUUUUUUCCAAGUCCUUUUCCAAACGCUUGAUUUUCCUGUAUGCAGCAGUUCUGUCCUUGCGAAGUCUCUUUCUUCCGGAAGACCUGUUAGCCUCUAAGUAAGAUUGAUUUCUUGGAGGUUCAUUUACUAUUCCAACAUCUUCCAUAGGAAUAUGAUCGGGCAGGGGUAUCGGACUUCCCGGUGGAGUAUUUUGCUGAAGAAAUUGGUCCUGUUCACGUUCAUGUUUUUUUAUCUGCCGACUUUUCUGUUGGUACAAUCUCCAUUUUUUUCUUUGGUAACGCUGCUCCCUAUCGGAAAGUUCUUCUAUAGACUUUUUGGACUUCUUUGCCCUCUUUCGGCUUUUUUCCAAAUAUUCUUGUCUUUUUUCGGGGUUUUCUUUCAGUUUUUCUCUAUAACGCCUUGCACGUUCAGCCGGUGUUAACGGCAUUGCUGAAAAUAAUGUCUACUUUACUACUUUUAACGUCAGGUUCGUCACGAACUUGUCAGCUGCGUUACGAAAGAAUAGUAACGCAGCUGACCGUGACGAACCUGACAUUUUAUUAAAAAUAAGACUAUUUGACUAUGACCGGCGACCGGAAUUUUAUUGUAAACAUAACCUAACUUUUAGUUUGCUUUGGUUAACAAAAUACAAUAAUUAGUUUUAAGAAAAUAUAAAGAAAUUUAAAGUUAUUUGCGUGACGUAACUGACAAGCAAUAAACAUACUCACCUUAAAGUCACAAGAAAACACUUUUUUAAACACAGUAUUUAACUAAAAAAACACUUUCUUUACACUGCGUAGCGACACUAUGGUUUCAUUUAGCAAGCAGGUGGUUAACUGGAAAUAGUAAAUUGGUCUAUAUAAGAAUUUUACGCUUUCUUAAUAGUAGUGACGAACCUGACAUAUUUUUUAGAGACAAUACUUUGAAAGAAUUUAAUAAAUACGAAAAGCAAAGACGUGUUUCCUAUAGGCGAAAAGUUAAAAAUUAAAUCAAUAUUUUUUAGUUAUCUAAGUAAAGCCUAAGUAAAAAACAAUUCCUUAACGAAAAAUCAUGAUAGUAUGAAAGCAACUAAGAAAGAGACCGUGACGAACCUUGACAUUUUGUGACUUUAAAAUGAAAUAAAAUUACAUUGAUAAAAUCAAGAUAUAUUAUUUCCUAAACAUGUGAUUAAUCCGUGUUUAGUUUUUAUUUUAAAACAUCUAAUCGACACUAACAAACAAAACCUGAAGAAAAAAGUCUUGAAGACAUCAAAUAUCAAAGUUAAAUGAGAAUGACCCUUGUAUUGUUUUUUCCAACCUUCUAAAGUUGACCUCCAAGCCUUUUUCAUCGGGCCAAAAACAGACACGUCAAGUGGCUGUGUUAAAUGGGUUGAAUUUGGCGGCAAAAAAGAAAACCGAAUAUUAUUUUCUUCGCAUAAUUCAAUCACCCUAUGCGACAAAUGAAAUUAUCGCCAAUGACAACCCUUGGCGCCGGACACCUCUUCAAGAAAGGUAGAGCUAUGGAAAUGAACCAGUCUUCAAACAAUGGCUGGUCGAACCAGCCACUUUUAUUUCGUCCAUACCGCGCACCUGGUAGCCCAUUUGUCAACCAUGCUAGCUUUUAUAAACAACAAAUGGGGGUAGUAGAUGGCCAUCACCACUUACUGCAAACAUCACUAAUGUCGAUGUUUUGUUGAAUUGAUGAUCCGUUCUGGAUGCCUUGUUUUUCUUUUUACGAUAUUUCCGUCCGGGAUCAUGUUUCAUCAUAAUUGAAUCGGUGAGUUCGAAAACCAUACACGUCCAAAAUCCGCGUUUCGAGAAAAUCAAUAAAAACCUUUUAAAGCUAAAACUACUUAGCAUAGACUAUCGGCAUGCAUAGAAAAGUUGUAGAUCUCAUGGUUGGCAAUGUGUUUUUAAGGGUAGUUUUUCAGAAAAAAAAAUGAACUACCAAUGACAGAUCAAAAGGAGGGACGGACUUGUACGGUUUUUGAACUCAAUUCUGUAUAUAAAAAGAUAUAGGUAAACAUUUAUUGAUUUUUUAUAUAUUUAUUCAAUACAGAGGAAAAAUACAACUUGAAAACUAAUAUCUCAAUCAUUUUAAUCAUCAUUUUCAGCGUUUGUAGUUUUCCAUGAAGUGAUGUGGUAAUAAAAUUCCAAUGCUUCACCUUGGGUAUAAGUCAUUACCUUCUUGAUGUCCAGAAUGUUUUUUCAUUAAUCGGAACAGGUUCUUCAUAUGCCUUAUUAUUGAGCAGAGGUGGGCUGUUCUUAUAUUCUUUGAACAAUUUAAAUGUUUGGAAGUGUAAACCAUCUAUAUAUUCCCACGUUUUAACAUAUCCUGAAUUUAAACUCUCAUACAGGAACUGCCUAUAGUUUGACACAGCAAACGUUUCCCUCUUAGCACCGGUAGCUCGAGUACUACAUGUUUUUUUAUAGUAAUCAGGCCACAAGUUCUUAAAAUUAGUAAUAUCAGUGUAUCGGAUCUGCUUCACAGUAUAUGGCUGCUUGUUCCUGGAGGUCAAUAUUAAGUCCUCAUAUUCUUCUGGGGUGUAAAUUCGAUCAUGUUUUUUAAAAUUCUGUUUCGCACAGCCAAAAUCCCGGUCACACGGCAAAAACGAAUGGCCUCUUACUGGAAAAUAAUGAUAAAUUUUGUUAAAUCUCUUGGUUGCCUGUAAUGCUAAGAGGAAACGAACCAUUGUUUGGUUUCGGUUCUGCCCUGCACAUCCAUCGGAAAAUAAAUGCAGUUCAGUGAUUUCAGGGGGUAUAUGUUUCAUUAUGUAAUCAUUAAGAAAUGUACACACUUCAUUAGGUCCCUUUUGACCUUGACCUUCAUGGUAAGUAUAAAAAUGGCCAGUAUUAUCCUUAAGGUUGUGUUUUGUUGGUUGUGUUUUGCCUACCUCUAAGAUCGUUUGGUGAUUUACCUGUCAAAAGUAGGGUGUUCAGGCGCUGAACUUGCCAGUGCGAUAUGGCAUGAAGACUUAUAAAUGCCUGUUUGCAUACGGAAAUUCUAUUUGAGCCUUCUAAGACAAAGUACGAAAAGUUUGAUUUUCUUUCUUGUUUGUUUUCCGCACUUCUCACGCGAUUUCUCUCGAUUUGUUUAGCUUCCAUUAGUCCUUGUAAAUAAGUAUCUGGUUCAUUUUUUGUCGUACGGCUGAGUAGAUUAGUUAACACGCUUUUUCUUUCUUUCUCAGUAAACUGUUCCAUGCAUUUCUUUGUACAACUAAAAAAUAAAACAGCUAUUUUGAUUUAAACCCAACUUGUUGCUAAAAUUUACUAGCCUGACUUAUCCCU